ACGCCGCCAGUCACCGGAAGACGAGCGGGGUGGGCGGGGCGACUCGACACGGAAGUCACGCGGCGCGGCGCGUCUGCGGUCUCUGUUUCGGCAUUCGGCUACUCAGCCUGGCAGGACUCUGGCGCGCUCCGCUGCGAUCGGCUCUUUCGGUGCUCGACUCACCCGCGCUGCUGCCUCCGCUGAAGGAGGAGCAAAGCUCAAGAUGGCCGACAAAACGCCAGGCGGAUCUCAGAAGGCCAGUUCAAAGAGCCGAUCAUCGGAUGUACAUUCAUCAGGGUCUUCAGAUGCACAUAUGGAUGCAUCUGGACCCUCAGAUAGUGAUAUGCCAAGUCGAACACGACCUAAAAGCCCAAGAAAACACAAUUAUAGGAAUGAAAGUACUCGUGAAAGCCUUUGUGAUUCUCCUCAUCAGAAUCUCUCAAGACCUCUUCUAGAAAACAAGCUUAAAGCAUUCAGUAUUGGAAAAAUGAGCACAGCAAAGCGAACUUUAAGUAAGAAGGAACAAGAGGAACUAAAGAAAAAGGAGGAUGAAAAGGCAGCUGCUGAAAUUUAUGAGGAAUUUCUUGCUGCUUUUGAAGGAAGUGAUGGUAAUAAAGUGAAAACAUUUGUUCGAGGCGGGGUUGUUAAUGCAGCUAAAGAUGAACAUGAAACAGAUGAAAAAAGAGGUAAAAUCUAUAAGCCAUCUUCAAGAUUUGCAGAUCAAAAAAAUCCUCCGAAUCAGUCGUCCAAUGAAAGGCCGCCAUCUCUUCUUGUAAUUGAAACAAAAAAACCUCCACUGAAGAAAGGAGAGAAAGAAAAGAAAAAAAGCAAUUUGGAACUCUUCAAAGAAGAACUAAAACAAAUUCAGGAAGAACGUGAUGAGAGACAUAAAACAAAAGGCAGGUUAAGUCGAUUUGAGCCUCCUCAGUCAGAUUCUGAUGGUCAACGACGGUCUAUGGAUGUGCCUUCAAGAAGAAAUCGAUCAUCUGGUGUUCUUGAUGAUUAUGCACCUGGCUCACAUGAUGUAGGAGAUCCAAGUACUACUAACUUAUAUCUUGGAAACAUUAAUCCACAGAUGAAUGAAGAAAUGCUGUGCCAAGAAUUUGGAAGAUUUGGACCAUUAGCUAGUGUAAAAAUUAUGUGGCCUAGAACUGAUGAAGAAAGAGCAAGAGAAAGAAAUUGUGGCUUUGUGGCUUUUAUGAAUAGAAGAGAUGCUGAAAGAGCUCUAAAAAAUUUAAAUGGAAAAAUGAUUAUGUCUUUUGAAAUGAAGUUAGGUUGGGGUAAAGCUGUACCUAUUCCUCCACAUCCAAUAUACAUUCCGCCUUCUAUGAUGGAACACACCCUUCCCCCACCUCCAUCCGGACUGCCUUUUAAUGCGCAGCCUAGAGAGCGAUUAAAAAACCCCAAUGCUCCUAUGUUACCACCACCUAAAAACAAGGAGGAUUUCGAGAAGACUCUGUCGCAAGCCAUAGUCAAAGUGGUUAUCCCAACAGAAAGGAAUUUACUCGCCCUGAUACACCGAAUGAUAGAAUUUGUUGUGCGUGAAGGGCCAAUGUUUGAAGCUAUGAUUAUGAACAGAGAAAUCAACAAUCCUAUGUUCAGGUUCUUAUUUGAAAACCAGACACCAGCCCAUGUUUACUACAGGUGGAAGCUUUAUUCUAUUCUGCAGGGUGAUUCUCCAACUAAAUGGCGGACAGAAGAUUUUCGCAUGUUCAAAAAUGGAUCAUUUUGGAGGCCACCACCAUUAAAUCCGUACCUUCACGGGAUGUCGGAAGAGCAAGAGGCAGAAGCCUUUGUGGAAGAGCCUAGUAAAAAGGGAGCGCUCAAGGAAGAACAGCGGGAUAAAUUAGAAGAAAUCUUGCGAGGAUUAACUCCAAGGAAAAAUGAUAUUGGAGAUGCCAUGGUAUUCUGUCUUAAUAAUGCUGAAGCUGCUGAAGAAAUAGUGGAUUGCAUUACUGAGUCAUUGUCCAUCUUAAAGACACCUCUUCCCAAGAAGAUUGCCAGAUUAUAUUUGGUUUCUGAUGUUUUGUACAACUCUUCAGCCAAAGUUGCCAAUGCCUCAUAUUACAGGAAAUUUUUUGAAACAAAGCUAUGUCAGAUAUUUUCAGACCUCAAUGCUACUUAUCGUACAAUUCAAGGCCAUUUACAAUCUGAAAAUUUUAAGCAACGGGUAAUGACCUGCUUCAGAGCAUGGGAAGAUUGGGCAAUCUAUCCAGAACCAUUUUUGAUCAAACUUCAAAAUAUUUUCUUAGGACUUGUAAAUAUCAUUGAAGAGAAGGAAACAGAGGAUGUGCCAGAUGAUCUUGAUGGUGCUCCCAUCGAGGAAGAGCUCGAUGGUGCACCUCUGGAAGAUGUGGAUGGAAUUCCCAUUGAUGCUACUCCCAUUGAUGAUCUGGAUGGAGUCCCUAUAAAGAGUCUUGAUGAUGAUCUGGAUGGAGUGCCUUUGGAUGCAACUGAAGACUCAAAGAAGAAUGAACCCAUCUUUAAAGUUGCACCAUCGAAAUGGGAGGCUGUAGAUGAAUCUGAAUUGGAAGCACAAGCUGUAACAACUUCUAAGUGGGAGCUGUUUGACCAGCAUGAAGAAUCAGAAGAAGAAGAAAACCAAAAUCAAGAAGAAGAAAGUGAAGAUGAAGAAGACACUCAGAGUUCCAAAUCAGAAGAACAUCAUUUGUAUUCUAACCCAGUCAGAGAAGAAAUGACUGAGUCGAAGUUCUCUAAGUACUCUGAAAUGAGUGAAGAAAAACGAGCUAAGCUUCGUGAAAUUGAGCUCAAAGUUAUGAAGUUUCAAGAUGAAUUGGAAUCUGGAAAGAGACCUAAAAAACCAGGCCAAAGCUUCCAGGAACAAGUCGAACACUACAGAGAUAAACUGCUACAGCGAGAAAAGGAGAAAGAAUUAGAAAGAGAACGAGAAAGAGACAAAAAAGAUAAAGAAAAAUUGGAGUCCCGAUCCAAAGACAAGAAGGAGAAAGAUGAAUGUACUCCAACAAGAAAAGAAAGGAAAAGGCGACACAGUACUUCUCCCAGCCCAUCUCGGAGUAGCACUGGUAGGCGAGUAAAAUCCCCAUCACCAAAAUCAGAACGAUCAGAACGGUCAGAAAGAUCUCAUAAAGAAAGCUCACGGUCCAGGUCAUCUCACAAAGAUUCUCCUAGAGAUGCUAGCAAGAAAGCCAAAAGGUCGCCAUCGGGUUCAAGGACGCCUAAAAGGUCUAGGCGGUCUAGGUCUAGGUCGCCUAAGAAAUCAGGGAAGAAAUCCAGAUCCCAGUCCCGGUCUCCUCACAGGUCUCAUAAAAAGUCAAAGAAAAACAAACACUGACAUAUAUUUUUAAGAUGCUGUCACUUAUUGGAAAUGCAAGUUUGUUUUGUGCCUGAAUGGUCUGUUUGUUUUUUUCUGUUUUGUUUUGUUUUUUAAUAAAAAAAAAAAAACCACACACACACAAAAACAGAAUUCUAAUGAAAGAGCAUUCCUGGGUUUUUGUUUGUUUGUUUGUUUGUUUGUUUGUGAAUGCAUGUGUAAACUCAUGAGUAACUGCAUCUGUAGACCUGUCAUUGUUUUAUAUUGUAUAAAUUACUUUUGUUGUGGCUGUUUCUCAAGAUGAAAUUUUUAUUGUGCUAAUGAAUUUCAUCAAAAAUGUGUACAAUGGAUCUGCUGGCAGUAGUAGUAUUUUGUUUUAGGAUGUUGUGACUUAGACACAUAAUACAGAUGUCUUCCCCUCUUUUGUAGCUUUGACAAUUUGAAUUAGAUUUCAAAUAAAAUCUGAACAGAAAACAAUAAUGUUGUUUUUUUGCCCAAUUGGUGACACCAAGUCCCUUAAAGACCUACUAAAUGAAUUUGGCACUGUUGCUGUUUCUUAUACCUAGUGCACUUUACAAGCUCCAAUGUUUACUAAAAUGACUACCCAAAGUCAGGGAUACCCCAUAAAAGGUUUCCAUACCCAGAUAUCAGAAGGCAUAAGUGAGUGGGUAUGAAGUGGUCUUUGUACUGUAAUGCCCAGUUAAAAGUUCUUUUUCAAAGAAGCAACAUGAUUUCAAAGCACUCAAUCCAUCUUCUGAGCAAUUACGUAUUUUUAGGGUAAAUUUAAUUUUUAUCUUCUACCAUGAAACAAGUUUAUUUAUAAAAGAUUUUAUAAAAACGAUUUGCCAUAGAAUUCUUUUGUAUAAUAGUUGCCUUUUUUAUAAUUGUCUGUAGGUUAUCUUUAAAAUAUUGGUAUCAUGAUAUUUGUACAAAUUUGUUUGAAACAGCUUUUCUGUUUUGAAGGAUUUGGUUUGAAGUACAGCUUUAAAUAAAAAUUGAAAAUUAAAUGGUUUUCAGGCCAUUUUAACACCCGUGGUUUGUAAAUUCAAGAUGCAAAAAGUUGACUUAAACCAUUUGCAGAGUUGAAUAUUGUUAUAAACAGGAAAGAACUUUCUGUAGUUUAGGGAGAAAUAGGAAAACUUGUAAAUGUUGACCAAAAUACCACAGUGAAUAUAAUGUAAUAAAGGGUUACAUAGUCUCGGACUGACACUGUUGUUUGUCAAUCUUGCUUUCAGUUUUUCAUUUAGGUACUUAUGUAGUUAGUUGUUUGUUUUCCUCUAACAAUGGAUUGUUUGGAUUUAACUUACUUUUUGAAAUCCUUUCACCUUGUUUACUUAAUCUUUCCUAAUACCAAAAUACAGCGUCCUGACCCCGUGAUGUGGGGAGCAGUCACAUCAGCUUCAAUAAGGCAUGUUUUCCUCACCUAGCACAUCUACAGCAGCUUUAGAAAUGAGCUGGUCAUACAGUUUGACAUAGUGGCUCUUAGCAUGAACAUAGUGUUCAGUCCUUUGUUUACCUACUUUAUUAGGAAAUGCUAAUUCAGUAAAGUUGCUUAGGAUAAUUUAUGUGAACAUUUGGUGCUGAUACUUAAAGAUCUAUAUAAAUAUAACUUACGAAAGAAUCACAUUUUUCUCCCGUGUUCAUUGUCUGGGAGAAUGGCAUUUUAUAUCAUCUUUCUUUUCAGAAAAAUAGUGUUGAAUUACUGGUAGUUGUAGCAUUCCUCAUUCUCUGGAUCUUUGGAUAGGCCAAGAAAUAAUUGGCCAGAAAGUAAGUUUUCUUUUUUUAAUGCAAGUUAGGGCUAGUUACUUUUCUGUCUUGAGUACAAAACCUUAGCUUGGUUUGGGGUGUUUAUUUGUAGUGUUUUCUACUGCUGCAAUGGGUCCAUAUGUAGCUAUUAUAGUUAAAUCUUGCAACAGAUCGACGUGGCUUUGGGUACGUGGGAAAUUAUCUUAAUCUGGAGUUCUUUAAUGUAUAUAUUAGGUUGUGUUGAAUUUUGAUUUCUUUUGAAUUGUAAAUAGCAUUAACUGGGUUAUUUCCAAUUUUACUUUAUGAGGAAACAUCUAGAAUAAGCUGCUAAGAUUCACAGUGGAUGCAGGUGAUACAUACCUGUUAUGCCAGCGUAGAGGUCCGAUGACCGUAAGCUCAAGAGUUGAGACCUGCUUGGGCAAUAGACUGAGAUCCUGUUUCAAAAACACAUUCCCUGUAAGUGUCAUAGGAUUAGGAACUGGUGCGUUUCUUACAAGAAGGAAGCUGUUCUGCACGUUUUUGUUUUUGUUUUUUUCUAAUAGCUUAGUUUUCAUAUCUAAAGACCACAUAAAGGAUCUGAGAGUUAUAGGAAAGUGGUUCCAGCUGUGUAACUACUAAGUUACAUGUUCGAGGAAACCCUCUUGUUGUCCAUCCUUACAAAGGCCCUAGCCCAGGGUCCCUUACCAAGACCAUGCUGUUUGACUUUUCUCCAAACACGGGUGGAAAGUAACAUGUUGGUCCAUUUCUUACCAAAGAGUGACCUAAAAGGGUUGUGUUGGUGGUUUUCUUUGGCAUUGCAUUUCUGUAUUGCUGAGAGUCAGCAUGUGGGGGUUUCUGACUGUAGCCAGUUGGAUAUUAAAGAACUAGGGGAGACAGAAAGCCCUGAUCCCAAAGGAUUCUUUUAUUUGGCUUAUAAUAUUUUUGGCUUUUUUGCUAAAUUUUGCAGAAAUUGCUCUAUGCUGACCUAAUUUUCUUUAUUGCAGACCAUUCCUGUGGGCUUAACCUGAGGAUUGUAUUCCAGUUAGAGUGUUGGAGGGAAUCUCAUUCUUUAAUAUUUUUGAGUACUUGAAAACACUUUAAAGAAAUUUCCUUCAUGAUCAAAUGUAGGUUUAUUAGAAAUACCCUAUACACUUGCCAUGAUGGUGGUAUAAGUUCUGAAAAAUUACAUGGAGUAUGAUAAUAGUUUAUUAUGGUUAAAAAUGAGGACAGAUAAGCCUUUGUUGCCAGAGUGGAAGCCUAUUCUGAUGACCACACUAGGUUUCUUUAGUAGAGAAAGUUGUUGGUUUUUUUUUUUUUUAAGCUGUGAUCCCAAAGGAUUCUUUCAUUUGGCUCACAAUAUUUUUCUAAAACAAUGUGUUUUAAAAAUAAACUUUUUGUUUAUUUCCCUUCUGAUUUUUAGUGGGCAGACCUAACUGCAAAGAAUUCAAUGCAGAUAUUUGUGAGUAAGUUGAAAGGGUCUUGUGAUUAAAAACUCACAUUAACAAAAUGGUGUUUUCACAUUUCACAUGCAUGUAGAUUUUAGGAAGUGUUUAUUAUCUUUUCAGCUUUUUCUUGUUUUUUGUUAUCAGCUUGCUAAGAUUUGACUAAUACGUGAAUAUAAAUCCCAGGGAAGUGUAAUGAUAGAGGAAGAGGUGGGAAUGUGCUGCUGUUCCAAGUGAGCUGUUCUGUUGUUAAAUUUCAAUGCCUCUGUUUAUUCAGUACCACCUCACGGAGCUCCGAUGUAAAUGGAUUGCAUGUGUAACUGGUUGUUUUAUAGUUUUGUAGGUAACAUGUCCUCACUCACUUUCAUAUGUAAUCGUGCUUAGAAUGUUGGUGUUUUAUUCUAACUUCAGGGUCUUGUAUGUUGUGUGUCUGGUAAUUUGAACUAGCAGAAAAGACAGAUUUUUAGAAUUGGAAUGACAUAGUUGGAAGUGGCUCAGCUGAAGUAUCCUGAGUGGGACAGACUCCAUGCAAUGCCAGUAGGGCUGCUUUCCAGAUGAGACGUACAGAUUAAUCGAAACAAAGCUAGUGGAAUUCACUUCUGUUGCUUCUUCUUCUUCUUUUAAAUAAAAUGCAUUGUUUUCGUAGUAAAUUUUGACUGUUCAUGUAAUUUCCUGCAUACAGUGUUCUCCGGGAACCCUAUAGGAUAAUCUGGCUUUCAGCAGAUGUGCAGAGCUGCGUCUACCCAUGGUGGCUUCAGAACCGGGACGUUUUCAGCUCUUACACUCUUUUGCAUAGUUUCAUGAUAGCUGACUCCCUACUAACUAGGAAAUUUCAUACCCUUAUUCUUUCUGUUAAGAAAGUUCUGUUGUGUUUAUUUCACUGACAGCCUCCAGCAUACAAUAGUGGCCACCUAUCCACUAACCUGUGUAUCUCAGCUUGUUAGUUAGUGUAUCUGUUUUGAUUUAAAACCCAACAUGGUAUCAUCACACUAAAAACUCACUGGUUCCUUUUUCAAGUUUGUUUACUUUUAGUUAUACAGUGCCCUUGACAAUGCAUUUUUAUCUGUACAGUUUGCUGGUGUUAGGUAUAUUCGCAUUGUUGUGUAGCCAACCCAUAUUAUUCUUUCAUUGCAAAACUGAAACUCUGUACCCACCGAGUUCCCCUCUGCCCUGCCCCUUUCAGCCACAUUCUGCUUUGUUGCUGUUUGACUAAUCUAGAAAGUGAAAUAUAAAACAUUUAAUUAAAAUUCUUUACCAUUUGUA